UUUCAGUCAUUCACUGGUGUGCAACACAAUUUAUCGAUUAAGCAUAGACAAUAGUGAGGUUAUUUUGAAAUUUUUUUAAUAAAUAAGAAUAAUAAUGGGAGGAAGAGGGCCACCAGGUAGACGAGGACGGGAUUUAGAUGUUCAUUUGUCGUUGCUGACAAAAGGGGAACGAGAACAGGCUACAGACCCCAAUAUUCCCAAAAAAGAAAAAGUAGAGUUCGACAAUAUUAAUUUAAAAUUUAAAUUUAAGAGUAAAGAUGAAAGCAAAUCGACCUGGCGAGGCUUAUGGAAGAAAGUUAAAAUCCUUUCGCCGUUUUUGUGGCCUAGGAAGUCGUGCAUCCUACAAACUAGAGUUAUAUUUUGCUUUAUCCUCUUAGGGUUUGGAAGAGUUGUAAAUUUAUAUAUUCCUAUUUACAACAAAAAGAUCGUUGAUUCUUUAACGGUAACUCCGGGCCAGACCCUUGAAUUUAGAUGGGACUGGAUCUUAAUUUAUGUGGCCUUAAAAUUUCUCCAAGGUGGUGGCGGAGGAGGAGGCAUGGGCUUUUUAAAUAAUUUACGGUCGUUUCUAUGGAUUAGAGUACAGCAAUAUACUACCAAGGAAGUGCAGGUCGAACUGUUUAGGCAUUUACACAGCCUUUCCCUAAGGUGGCAUUUAAACAGAAAAACUGGAGAGGUACUUAGGAUUAUGGAUAGAGGCACGGAAAGUAUCAAUUCCUUACUUCAAAUGCUGUUGUUCUCCCUUGGACCUACCAUCAUAGAUUUACUUAUUGCCAUCAUUUAUUUCUUUACCGCAUUCAACUGGAAAUUCGGCGUGACUGUCAGUGUUACAAUGGUGCUAUAUCUUAUUUUUACUAUUACCAUAACGGAAUGGAGAUCCAAAUUCAGAAGACGUAUGAAUCUGGCUGAUAAUGCCACACGUGCUAGAAGUGUUGACUCUUUAUUGAACUUUGAAACCGUUAAGUAUUACGGAGCUGAAAAUUAUGAAGUUGAAGCUUUUAAAGAAGCCAUUCUUAAAUACCAGGUAGAAGAAUGGAAAUCCACCAUAACGAUGAAUAUGAUGAGUUCCGCUCAGAAUUUGAUUGCGAAUUGUGGGCUUUUGGCGGGUAGCUUGCUCUGUGCCUAUUAUGUAGUUAAUACCAAUGAAUUUAACGUGGGUGAUUACGUCUUAUUUGCGAGUUAUAUAGUUCAGCUCUAUGCUCCACUAAAUAUGUUUGGAAUGCAAUACAGGCAAAUUCAAAACAACUUCGUAGACAUGGAAAAUAUGUUCGACUUACUACGGCAAGAGCAAGAAGUUGUAGAUGCUCCAAACUCUCAAGAAUUGGUCUCACGAGGAGGCGGUAUAGAGUUUAAGAAUGUCACCUUUAAAUAUACACCAGAAAAGACUAUUUUAAAAGAUGUCAGUUUUUUUGUACCGCCUGGUCAGACAGUUGCUUUGGUAGGACCAUCUGGAAGCGGAAAAAGCACAAUAAUAAAACUUUUGUUCAGAUUCUAUGACGUAGACUCUGGUAGCAUAAUUAUUGAUGGUUAUAACAUUAAGAAUGAAGUUACUCAACAGUCUCUUAGAAAAAUUAUUGGCGUAGUACCGCAAGAUACAGUAUUAUUUAAUCAAACAAUUAAAUAUAAUAUACAGUACGGCCGAAUUACCGCUAAUGAUGCCGAAAUAAUCGAAGCAGCCAAAGGUGCCGAUAUUCACGACAGAAUAAUGUCAUUUGCACAACAGUAUGAUACGAUGGUUGGCGAAAGAGGCUUAAGACUUAGCGGGGGUGAAAAGCAAAGGGUGGCCAUAGCUAGGACUAUACUGAAAGCGCCUACGAUCGUUUUAUUAGAUGAGGCUACUAGUGCUUUAGAUACACAUACAGAACGAAAUAUCCAAGACUCUUUAAAUAAAAUGUGUGUAAAUAGGACUACCGUAGUGGUGGCGCACCGGUUGUCCACCAUCAUAAAUGCGGAUCAGAUUUUGGUGGUUAAAGAUGGGGAAAUUGUUGAAAGAGGACGGCAUAAUAAUUUAUUACAAAAAGAAGGUGGCAUAUACGCGAGUAUGUGGAAACAACAAUUAGAGACCAACGAUGAAGGAAAGAUGAGGAUAGAGGAAGUGCCUGAUGCAGAUAACACAAAAUCUGAAAGUGAAAACUAACUUAACUACUGCCUAAGAAUUAAAUAAAACGUUUGGGAUCUACCACAAACUAUCGAUUGCAAGUCCUUGUAAUAUAUUAGGAAUAAAGGUUUUUAAUAUAAAAA